ACAAAAUAACUGGUGGUUUAUUUCGCAGUACUGCAGUUCAUUUUCGUAUUUUCGCGGCAAAAUGAGUUAAGUUAUGACGCCAUCUAUAUUUUUUUGAUCACAAAAAAACUAUAGUAAAUUUAUGUUUGUCGAUUUCUCUCGAAAAAAUAAAUAUCCAAUAGUUGAUCCUCAUAAUAUUGUGAUAAUUACUGUAAACUAAAUGUAAAUUUUUCAUACGUGACAAUAUUUAAUCAAAUUUUUAAUGGUUAGACAAUAUUCAAUCAAAAUUUACAUAAAAAUACUGAGUACAGUAACUUAUAAGAUAAAAGAUAUAUCACAAGAAAUUUUGAAAAAAGUUUUGUAGAAAAAAAUGUCACAUACAAUAUUAUUAGUACAACCAGGAAACAGACCAGAAACACGAACAUAUUCAGACUAUGAAAGUGUAAAUGAAUGUCUAGAAGGUGUACGAAAAAUAUAUGAAGAACACUUGAAAAGAAGAAAUCCAAACACUCCUACAAUAACUUAUGACAUUAGUCAAUUAUUCGAUUUCAUUGAUCAAUUAACGGACUUAUCGUGUUUAGUUUACCAAAAAUCAACGAAUACUUAUGCACCCUACAAUAAAGACUGGAUAAAAGAAAAAAUUUAUGUUUUGCUACGUCGAGCAGCUGAACACAGUGAGUGAUGGUCAAUAAGAGAAGUGCUUAAAUAUAUUUUAUUUUAAAUAUAAUUAUAUAAAUAUAAAUUACGAUAAUUAAUUUUUUGCUGUUUAUAAUGAUAUAAAUGUUUUGUAUAAAAGUUAAUACUUAUUUGUUCAUAGCUCGCAGCUUUUAAUAAAUUUUUUAUAAAAGUGUGAAUUUUUAUCUACUCUAAUCAGAAUUUUGUGUUAAUCAUUUCUUGAUAAGGUAAUAGAAUUUUUAAAAACUCCACACGUGUUUUUGUGAAAGUUUAAUUUU